GACCGGGAGCGGGCACCGGGAGCGGGACCGGGCGGCGACGGCGGUGGCGGCGGGAGGGAUCCCCAGGUGCUUGUGGAGCUGGAGAGCCCCCGGGAGCCGUGUCCUGGCACCCCUUGGCACAGGGCUGAGCAUCCCUGAGACACCAUGAUUCCCAGCACAGUCCCCCGGGGCUGCUGCCUGUUCCUGCUGCUCUGCCUUCUUCCCUGCCCCCGGAUCUGGGCAGGCAGGAAUCCCAGGGCACCGGGGCUCUCGGCAGCCUCCUUCCUCCAGGAUCUCCUCCAGCGAUACGGCGAGAGCCAAACCCUCAGCCUGAAGCAGCUCAAGGUCCUGCUGAACCGCCUGGACGUGGGAGUGGGACACGCCAACAUCUCCCAGGGGUCACAACAGAGGGUGAACCUCUCCCGGUGCUUCAGCUCCGUCGAGCUUUUUGCCAUCCACAACUUGAGUGAGGGUUCUGCUGUGGGGCACAGAGAGUUCAAGGAGUUUUGCCCCACCAUCCUGCAGCAGCUGGAGUCCAGGGCGUGCGCCUCCGAAAACCUGGAAAACGAGGAAAAUGAGCAAACAGAGGAGAGCAGACCCAGUUCAGCCGAAGUUUGGGGUUACGGGUUCCUCUGCGUCACCGUCAUCUCCCUCUGCUCGCUGGUGGGAGCCAGCGUGGUGCCCUUCAUGAAGAAGACCUUUUACAAGCGGCUGCUCCUCUACUUCAUAGCUCUGGCGAUUGGAACUCUCUACUCCAACGCCCUCUUCCAGCUCAUCCCCGAGGCGUUUGGAUUCAACCCUCAAGAAGAUUAUUACGUUUCCAAAUCCGCCGUGGUGUUCGGGGGCUUCUACCUCUUCUUCUUCACGGAGAAGGUCUUGAAGAUGCUCCUGAAGCAGAAGGACCAGCAUCACCAUGGGCACAGCCACUACGGCCCCGAGGCUCUGCCCUCCAAGAAGGACCAGGAGGAUGGGGUCACCGAGAAGCUGCAGAACGGGGACCUGGACCACAUGAUCCCCCACAUAACCAGCGAGCUGGAGUGCAAGACCCCCUCUGGGGAUGAGAAGGUUGUGGUGGGAUCCCUUUCCGUCCAGGAUCUACAGGCCUCGCAGAGCGCGUGUUACUGGCUGAAGGAGGUGAGGUACUCGGACAUCGGCACCCUGGCGUGGAUGAUCACCCUGAGUGAUGGCCUCCACAACUUCAUCGACGGCUUGGCCAUUGGGGCCUCCUUCACCGUCUCUGUCUUCCAAGGGAUCAGCACUUCGGUGGCCAUCCUCUGCGAGGAGUUCCCCCACGAGCUGGGGGACUUUGUCAUCCUGCUGAACGCCGGGAUGACCAUCCGCCAAGCCCUCUUCUUCAACUUCAUCUCUGCCUGCUGCUGCUACGUGGGCUUGGCUUUUGGGAUUGUGGCUGGGAGCCACUUCUCUGCCAACUGGAUCUUCGCUCUGGCCGGAGGGAUGUUUCUCUACAUCGCGCUGGCCGACAUGUUCCCCGAAAUGAACGAGGUGAGCCGGGAGGACGAGCAGAACGGCAGCGCCCUCAUCACCUUCGCCAUCCAGAACGCGGGGCUGCUGACGGGCUUCACCAUCAUGGUGCUGCUCACCAUGUACUCUGGCCAGAUCCAGAUCGGGUAGGACCAGCCCGACUCACAGCCCUGGACCAGUUUUUCCAGGGGUUUGGGGUUUUAUUUUUUUUUGGGGGGGAAGGGGUUUUGUUUUGUUUUUGUUUUUUUUUUAAUUUCCUUUUCCUGCUGCAAAGCAAACGACGGUACCUUGUGCGGGCACUGACUUCACAGUACAGAAGAAGAGGCAUUUGUUUUUAAAGCUGUUCCACAGACUUCAUUUUCUUUUGGUUGAAGGCUGAGGGGGAGCUUCAUCCCCUGUUGCUGUGGGACCUGAACUGACCAGAGAAUCUUUUCCCAGUGUCAUAUCCCUUCUCUCCUCAUGUCUCCUGGGAAGGACGGAGUUGGGAGAUGGGAACUCCUCUCGCUGUGUUGCCUCCCCUCCCUUUUGAUGGGAUGUGACGCUCUCCUCACCCCUUUUCGGGGGGUUUGUGACGGGGACAGACUGGGACAGACCCUUCUCGGAGUUACCCUCGGGCUGCUGAGGAAGAGGAGGCUCGAGGAGCCACAGCUCAUGAUUCCAGCAUCAUCCUUGCUGUCUUCAGAAGUGUUUCUCCGGAGCCACCACUGGUUUUGCUCCCUUUCUGCCUCGGCAGCCCAGACGAUGCCCUGGGAAGUGCAGGGUGAAGAGAAUUCGAUUUAUUUUUAAUUUUAAAGCACAUUCUGGGCGUCGGCGCUCGGAGCAGAGGACACCAAACCGCACCUCGUGUGGUCGGACUGAUGCGUGAGGAUGCCCUCACCUCCCUUAAUUCCCUGUUGCUGUAUAGAGGGGUUAAAAAAAACCCCUUUUCCUUCUGUGAGGGCAGCUGUGGGGUGAUGCUGGUGAGAAGGGCCCAAGGACAGAGCCAGGAUGGCAAAUUUCUGCCCAGCCACAGGCUCCCCAGCCUGGGAAUCGGUCCUUACACUGUGACCAAGCUCACGUCGACACCUGGGGACAGACACCGGUUUUUAAAACACUGAUGCUGCUGAGUUGCUGAGGUUCAGGGUGGGGUGGGGGGCUAUUUUUAAGAAAAAGAAGAAAAAAGAAAAAAAAAAAAAAAA